UGUUUUUACAGGUUUCCCAUAGACAGUUGGCACAAUGUUCUACGCUCACUUUGUCCUGAGCAAGCGAGGGCCGCUAGCCAAAAUCUGGCUGGCGGCCCAUUGGGAUAAGAAGCUAACCAAAGCCCAUGUGUUUGAGUGCAAUUUGGAAAGUAGUGUGGAGAGCAUCAUUUCACCUAAGGUGAAGAUGGCUCUUCGAACUUCAGGACACCUUUUGCUGGGCGUUGUUAGAAUCUACCACAGGAAAGCUAAAUACCUCCUUGCAGAUUGUAAUGAGGCGUUCAUUAAGAUUAAGAUGGCUUUCCGUCCAGGUGUGGUUGAUUUGCCUGAGGAAAACAGGGAAGCUGCCUACAAUGCUAUCACCUUACCUGAAGAGUUUCAUGAUUUUGACCAGCCUUUACCAGACUUAGACGAUAUUGAUGUGGCGCAGCAAUUCAGUUUGAACCAAAGCAGAGUGGAAGAAAUUACCAUGCGAGAAGAAGUGGGCAACAUCAGCAUCCUUCAGGAAAAUGACUUUGGUGACUUCGGAAUGGAUGAUCGUGAAAUGAUGAGAGAGGACAGUGCAUUUCCUGAUGACAUGCUGGAUAGUACUAGUGCUUCCAACCUUCUCCUGGAGCCUGAACAGAGCACCAGUCAUCUGAAUGAGAAAUCUAAUCAUUUGGAGUAUGAAGACCAGUACAAGGAUGAUAAUUUUGGAGAUGGAAAUGAUGGUGGAAUCCUGGAUGACAAGCUUCUCAGCAACAAUGAAGGAGGUAUAUUUGAUGACCCACCUGCCAUCUCAGAAGGAGGGGUAAUGUUGCCUGAACAGCCUCCCCAUGAUGAUUUGGAUGAUGACGACAACGUCUCAAUGGGUGGGCCAGACAGCCCAGAUUCAGUAGAUCCAGUUGAACCAUUGCCAACUAUGACUGAUCAGACCACUCUAGUUCCAAAUGAAGAGGAAGCUUUUGCUCUGGAGCCUAUCGAUAUAACUGUUAAAGAAACCAAGGCAAAGAGGAAGAGGAAGCUGAUUGUAGACAGUGUGAAAGAACUGGACAGCAAGACUAUCAGAGCCCAGCUGAGUGACUACUCUGAUAUAGUGACUACACUGGACUUGGCACCUCCCACUAAGAAACUAAUGAUGUGGAAAGAGACUGGAGGAGUCGAAAAGCUUUUCUCUCUUCCUGCUCAGCCUCUGUGGAAUAACCGAUUGCUGAAGCUCUUCACCCGCUGUCUUACACCUCUUGUACCAGAAGACCUCAGAAAGAGGAGGAAAGGAGGAGAGGCUGAUAACUUGGAUGAAUUCCUUAAAGACUUUGAGAACCCCGAAGUGCCCCGUGAGGAGCUGCCUCAGCGUAAUGUGAUAGAUGAGCCCAUCUUGGAAGAGCCAAGCCGCCUCCAGGAAUCCAUAAUGGAAGGCAGCAGGACCAACCUGGAUGAAUCAGUCAUGCCACCGCCUCCACCUCAGACAGGCGUAAAGCGAAAGGCUGCGCAAGUGGAACCGGAGCCUGUCCUACCCGCUCAACCAAUGCAGCAGAUAGAAAUGCCCCCAGUGGAACUGCCUCCAGAAGAACCUCAGAACCUUUGCCAGCUAAUUCCAGAGCUGGAGCUCUUGCCUGAAAAAGAGAAGGAAAAAGAAAAGGAGAAGGAGGAAGAAGAGGAGGAAGAGGAGGAAGAUGGCACAGGAGGUGAUCAAGAUCAGGAGGAAAGACGGUGGAACAAGAGAACUCAACAGAUGCUUCAUGGUCUCCAGAGAGCUCUUGCCAAAACUGGAGCAGAAUCCAUCAGUUUGCUUGAGCUGUGCAGGAACACCAACCGCAAACAAGCAGCGGCAAAGUUCUACAGUUUCUUGGUACUGAAAAAGCAGCAAGCAAUCGAGCUGACACAGGAGGAACCGUACAGUGACAUCAUUGCGACUCCUGGUCCCAGAUUCCAUAUUAUUUGAAUGCUUGGCUUUACUGUGUAUAGUUAGCUUCAUUAGUGCUUACACAUUGUCCCAUGUGUAGGGCCCACAAAUUGGAAAUGAAAAUCUAGAUCUCAUUGUCUGUGCAAAGUCAUUGGCUUUUGUGUUUUGGGGUUUUCUAUUAAAGUUUACCACUUUCCCCCCUACCUCUAGUAACUCUGGCUACUUGAGUUCCAGUUGCGAUUAAGUGACUCGAGGAACUUACAAAGAGGUUUUUUUUAAAAAAAAAACAUUCAAAACAGAUGUGUGCAAUAUUGGUUCAUGUAACUAUGGCUAAUAAAUGGCUUUACAGUUAUCUGGUUAGUAGCAUAGAGAGCUGUUUUACUCAAUUCCAGGAGACAAAAAUGGCCAACCUGUUGUCUCAUUAAAAUCUUUGCCAAAUGUGUCUAAAGUAUGCUGUAUCUUCCUCACAGUAGUGAUAUUAUUUUUCCUUCCCUUAAUGCUACUGAGCAUUUAUCAUGGUUUCUGAUGGCACUCUUGGAGCUGCUGAUACGAAUGUUAGUGCCUGGCAGGAGUCCUUGCUGCGCCAUGCGCUCUCUAAAAAAGAGUUCAAGCAAGUCAAAAUGGCUGGCUGUAGAAAAAAAACCAAACUCAUGUUUUUGAAACAAAUUGGAUCCUCUCCAAGCAUGAAAGCUUUCACAUACUGAAUAUUGCAUUCCUUAUUGUGGUCCAUUUAUGAUACAGCUAGUAAGGAUAUGAUAAUUAAGCAACCUUUUAAAACUGGCUGAAUCUAGUGUUCUUGAGCACUCUUAUUAAGAUAGGAGCUUUGUAGAAGUGCCAUACUUCUAGAUAUCAAGCAGUUUGAUCCAGGUAAGCUAGAUAAAGUCUUGGAGUUUGAGCAAGUUACAUUUGUAAAAGUUACGCAGAACACCACUGGCCCUGAGAGGACAGCAAGUUACAGGUGUAUAUUUUUAGAGACAGAUGCUUACAUUUAUCAGAUGUAAUCUUGAUGUGUUAAGUAUUAAUGACUCCCCCAUGGACUUAUGGUUUCCUGUAACUAUAUUUUCCAAUAAUGCACACUCCUGGAACCCUUUACAGAUCACGUUUGGGUUAACUAUAAGAAAAAUGAUGGCUUUAUUGUUAGGAUCAGGUUUCCAGAAAUCAUGUGAAUAUAUUGAUCAUAAAUGUUGGCUUUUUAAGGGGCAGAAUUAUUUGAAUGAUAAAGGUUCUGGUUUUAAAUGUUGGCACUUUUGUGAACUGAUUCUCUUUCUGGGACUGAAGUUUCAGUAUAUUCCCCAAGUGUAAAAUUAUGUGAAUGUUUUAAAAUUUGCAACAUGUUUUAAUAAUCCUUGAGAAAGUUAAUUGUAUAAAAUAGUUCCCGCAGCUUUAUUUUUGACAUGAUGUGCCUGUACAACCAUGAUUUCCCCCCCUUUUUGUACAAAGAGACAUUGUAGAUAACUUGAAUGUUUAAUUAUAGAGAAAGUCAUUAGUUUCUUGUUAAAGUUUGUUUAGUCUGGUUUUGUUGCUUUUCAAGGUUAAUAUUCUUGAAAAUAGUUGCUGUUAUGUAUAACUUUUCUAAUAAAAGUUGUGUUACAAGCUA